AUGCCGCGGGACGGCGUGGACCUCUCGCGUCGCGCGCGCGCGCGACGACGCGGGGACGCGAGCGCGACGCGCGCGACGGCGCGGGAGGGCGAGGGCGCGCGACGGGCGAAUCGCGGCGACGCGAGCGCGGCGCGGGACGUCGGGACGGGCGUCGGGGGGGAGACGCGGCGAGGCGAGGCGACGUACGCGCGCGCCGACGUGCGCUCGCACGACGUCGGGAGCGAUUGUUGGCUCGUCGUGGGCGAUGGGGUGUACGACGCGACGUCUUGGGUCGAGAAACAUCCGGGGGGGAGCACGAUUCUGGAGCAGUACGCGGGGAGAGACGCGACGGACGCGUUCAUGGCGUAUCACGGGGGGGAGCGGCGCGCGCUGGCGCGCUUGGAGACGCUUCGAAUCGGGCGCUUGGUGGACGAGAGCGCGGCGCCGCCGACGCAUUUAAAGGCGUUUCGUCGGAUGAGGGACGCGAUGGAGGGUAGUGAGAAGUUGUUGAAGAGCGAUCUCACGGAUUACGCCUUCAUCAUCGCGAGAUUGGUCGUGCUUUUCGGCGGCGUGUUGGCGUGCGUGUUGUCGUCGGGCGCCGGUUUCAAGACGCACAUGUUCGGCGCCGUCUUGCUCGGUUUGUUUUGGCAGCAAAGUAUGUUCAUCGGCCACGAUGCUGGGCACACAUCGAUCACUUAUGAUCGCAAAAAAGACGCCAUGAUCGGGUGGUGCGUUGGAAACCUCUUCAACGGCGUCGGCAUCGCGUGGUGGAUGGCGACGCACAACGUCCACCACUGCGCGUGCAACUCGUUGGAAUGCGACCCCGACAUCCAGCACAUGCCCGUGUUCGCGGUCUCCAACAAAUAUUUUGGCUCGGUGUACUCUCUGUAUCACCGCAGACGCAUGACGUACGACCGUCUCGCCAGGACGCUCGUUCGAUUCCAGCACUACACGUUCUAUCCAAUUAUGGCCGUCGCUCGCAUCAACUUAUACUUGCAGACGUUGAUCUUCUUGAUCAAGGCGAAGCGCGUGCGGAGCCGAGCGAUGGAGUUUUUAACACUUGGUGUGUUCGCCACGUGGCUCACCACGCUCAUCGCUCAGUUACCCGUGGGUCACAAAGUGCCGUUCUUCUUCCUCUCGCACGCCGUCGCCGGCGUCAUCCACGUGCAAAUUUGCCUCUCGCAUUUUUCGCGCGACGUCUUCGAAGGGCGACCUGAAAACGACGAGUGGGUGAACAUGCAACUCGCUGGGACGUUGGACAUCGACUGCCCGCGCUGGCUCGACUGGUUCCACGGUGGUUUACAGUUUCAAACCGAGCACCACCUGUGCCCGCGCGUACCUCGACACAAGCUUCGCGCGUUUCGCGAAGACGUCGUCAAGCCUUACGCCAAAGCCAACGGUCUAGGGUUACAUUCCGUCAGUUUCUGGGCCGCCAAUGCGGAAGUUUUCCGCACCCUUAAGCUCGCCGCCAAGCAAUCGCGCUGGGCGCCUCACUUUUCUUCAGCCAUGCACCUCUGA